CUUUGUUGGUGGCGCGCUUGCUCCAGAGGCCGUCACACUUAACCCGGAACACACCGAUUCCCAAGGGAGGGAGGAGAGGGCUAAGCACCCGUCCUGGGAGUUGUAGUAGGAUCCAGUCAGGGCUGGGAGCAUGGAGGUGACCAAGGAGCUCUUACAGAUGGACCUGUACGCGCUGCUAGGCAUUGAGGAGAAGGCGGCAGACAAAGAGGUGAAGAAGGCUUACCGACAGAAGGCCCUCUCCUGCCACCCAGACAAAAACCCAGAUAAUCCCAGAGCAGCUGAGCUCUUUCAUCAGCUUUCCCAGGCCUUGGAGGUGCUGACCGAUGCUGCAGCCAGGGCUGCAUAUGACAAGGUCAGGAAAGCCAAGAAGCAGGCGGCAGAGAGGACCCAGAAACUUGAUGAGAAAAGGAAGAAAGUAAAGCUUGAUCUAGAGGCUCGGGAGCGACAGGCCCAGGCCCAGGGGAAUGAGGAAGAGGAGGAAACUUGGUCCACCACGAGGCUAGAGCAAGAGAUUGCACGCCUGCGGGAAGAGGGCUCCCGCCAGCUGGAGGAGCAGCAGAGGCUGAUGCAGGAGCAGAUCCGCCAGGACCGAGAGCAGAGGUUGAGAGGAAAAGCAGAAAGCACUGAAGGCAAAGGAACCCCCAAGCUAAAGCUCAAGUGGAAGUGCAAGAAGGAGGAUGAGCUCCAAGGUGGUUAUUCCAGAGAAGUCCUCCUGCAGCUUUUACAGAAGUACGGGGAGGUUCUCAACCUGGUACUUUCUGGGAAGAAGGCGGGCACCGCCAUAGUGGAGUUUGCGACAGUCAAGGCUGCAGAGCUGGCUGUCCAAAAUGAAGUGGGCCUGGUGGACAACCCUUUGAAGCUUUCCUGGCUGGAGGGACAACCCCAAGGCACAGCAGGCACCAGCUACCCAUCAAAGGGCUCGGUGGUGUCGGAGAGGGACUAUGAGAGCCUGGUCAUGAUGCGCAUGCGCCAGGCUGCUGAGCGCCAGCAGCUGAUCACCCGGAUGCAGCAGGAGGAUGAGGGGCAGCCCACGUAGCCUCAGCUUCAGCCCUCCCAGCCCACAGCCCUUUUCUUAAACAGCACCAAUAAACUUUUUAGGAAACAG